ACGUCUUUUCUCCUCUCGCUGCUCCUGGUCUUUUUCCUGCAGACCGAAUAGCAAGCUCUAGCUGCUGAUGCACUGAGGUGUAUAGUUUUCACUUCUCUAUUCUACUGUGUGUGUGAGGUUGGCGAAGGUUUUUCUUUUCUGUGUGGCGCAGUCCACGUCUCUGUUGUUCCUAGUUGGAUUCCUCUGUGCGCUGAGUUGGGCUGGCUGGGGGGCGGGGGUAGAGGUUGGUGGGCAUCUUUAGUGUCUUCUCUUGACAUUUACUUUAUUUUCUCCUGUUGAGUUUGCCGGCGAAACAAACUGCGUGUCAUAGAUGUGUUACAUGCAUAGCGUUUUACUUGCACGGCAGCGCUAAAUAGUUUCCCAGAGUCACUUAUUUCGUGGGAGCUCGUUUAUUGCACGUUCUCACUCUUUCUGUUGAGUAGGAUCGCACUUUUUGGUCUUUGGAACGUGCUUUGAGUAGUUUACUUCCUAAAUGUCUUUUCCAGGUGAGGGUGUCCAUCUUCCUGUGUUUUGCUCUUUGGUGACCAUAGAUUGCUCCCUUCACAGGGAACCGGCCACAGGAGCAGUGAGAGAAGCCUGUUAUUCUUCCUAGACCUUAGCAAAUAUUUAUAGAAAAGCAGUAACUCCUCCCCGUUUUUCUGUCUGGGUGGCAGCUGGAGAUGAUUGAGGUUUUUUGUCUUUUAGAUUUCUGUUUUCUUUUUGUUUUCUUGGAGUUAAGGUGAAUCUCGGUCUUGGUUUGGUGCUGCUGAAGAUACUGGGGAUGUUCUCAUGCUUUUAUUAGGUAUUUUUUGGGUGGGGUUGGGAUGUAUUUAUUUUGGCUCUUUUUGGUUUGUUCGUUUGGGUGAAAUGAAAAUCUUAAUAUUUUGAAGUUUAGAUUUCAAAGUGGCCAGCAUUUCACUUUUUCUUUGUUUUUCAUAUGCGCAUUCUCUUAGGGUAUAUUCAUAUAUUUUUUCUUUUAUCUGGUACAGUUGUUAGUAUAUUCUCCCUCAGUGUAAAAUAGAAAUAUUUAAACACAGAUUUUAUCUGCCCUCACUAUGCUAAGUAUGGGUGGGGCAGUGGAAAGUGGAGAAUGUUGUUCCCAUACAUCCUGAGACAUAUUUAUUAAGUCAGUCUUCAUUGUGCACUUCUGCAAAAUACUGUGCUUUGUGUAAAGUAGUCUGCACGAAGAGACCCAAGGGAUAAAACAUGUGGUCUCUUCAAAAGUUUCAGCUUCUUUUGGGGAAACAACGCACAACGUGCAUCAUUCAUAGUUCCAAGAAGCAUCGAGCUCGGGGUUGGGAUAACGGUGCAGCUAAAGCCUAAGAUUCUCUUUGUGGCCAGAUGGGUUUGUAUGGACAGGCUUGUCCAUCUGUAACUUCAUUAAGGAUGACGUCAGAACUGGAGAGCAGCCUAACGUCUAUGGACUGGUUACCACAGCUCACCAUGCGAGCGGCCAUCCAGAAGUCCGAUGCUACGCAAAAUGCACAUGGGACAGGGAUUUCCAAGAAGAGUGCACUCCUUGACCCGAACACCACCCUGGACCAGGAGGAAGUCCAGCAGCACAAAGAUGGGAAACCUCCAUACAGUUACGCCAGCCUUAUUACGUUUGCGAUUAAUAGCUCACCCAAAAAGAAAAUGACUCUAAGUGAGAUUUACCAGUGGAUUUGUGAUAACUUCCCAUAUUAUAGAGAGGCUGGCAGUGGUUGGAAGAAUUCCAUUCGACAUAAUCUGUCCCUGAACAAGUGUUUCCUUAAAGUGCCUCGAUCCAAGGAUGACCCCGGAAAGGGGUCCUAUUGGGCAAUAGACACCAAUCCGAAGGAAGAUGCACUGCCUACUCGGCCAAAGAAGAGAGCGCGAUCUGUAGAACGGGCCUCAACUCCAUAUAGCAUAGAUUCAGAUUCUUUGGGAAUGGAGUGUAUUAUUUCGGGAAGUGCCUCUCCAACUCUGGCAAUCAACACUGUGACUAACAAAGUAACAUUGUACAACACCGAUCAGGAUGGUAGCGAUAGCCCACGUAGCAGCCUUAACAACAGUCUCUCAGAUCAGAGUUUGGCGUCUGUUAAUUUGAACAGUGUUGGAAGUGUGCAUAGCUACACACCGGUGACAAAUCAUCCAGAACCGGUCUCUCAGUCAUUAACUCCUCAGCAGCAGCCACAGUACAACCUUCCAGAACGAGACAAACAGCUGCUGUUCUCAGAAUACAAUUUUGAAGAUCUCAGUGCCUCAUUUCGGAGCCUUUAUAAGUCAGUUUUUGAGCAGUCACUUAGUCAGCAAGGUUUGAUGAACAUCCCUUCCGAAUCUUCCCAGCAGUCCCACACUUCGUGUUCCUAUCAGCACUCUCCUAGCAGCACAGUGAGCUCUCACCCACACGGCAACCAAAGCAGUCUGUCCAACAGCCAUGGCAGUGGUCUCAACGCAACGGGCAGUAAUUCGGUUGCACAAGUCUCACUGUCCCACCCCCAGAUGCACACACAGCCCUCUCCACACCCGCCUCAUCGACCGCAUGGUUUACCACAGCAUCCGCAGCGUCCCCAGCACCCAGCAGCACACCCGCAGCAGCACGGCCAGCUCCAGUCUCCUCACCCCCAGCACCCCUCUCCACAUCAGCACAUGCAGCACCAUCCGAACCAUCAGCACCAGACGUUAGCACAUCAGGCCCCCCCACCCCCACAACAGGUAUCCUGUAAUUCUGGUGUUUCAAAUGAUUGGUAUGCAACACUUGAUAUGCUGAAAGAAAGCUGUCGAAUUGCCAGCAGUGUCAAUUGGUCAGAUGUAGACCUUUCACAGUUCCAAGGUUUGAUGGAGAGUAUGAGACAGGCAGAUCUCAAGAACUGGUCUUUAGAUCAGGUUCAAUUUGCUGAUCUCUGUUCUUCUCUUAAUCAGUUCUUUACACAAACUGGCCUUAUCCACUCACAGAGUAACGUUCAGCAGAAUGUCUGCCAUGGUGCCAUGCAUCCAACAAAACCCUCCCAACACAUCGGAACAGGAAACCUGUACAUGGACUCCAGGCAAAAUCUCCCUCCUUCGGUGAUGCCAACCCCUGGAUAUCCUCACAUCCCACAGGCACUUAGCACUCCCGGAACAACGAUGGCAGGCCAUCACGGAGCCUUGAACCAGCAGCACGUGAUGCCGUCCCAAGCCUUCCAGAUGCGGCGCGCCCUGCCCCCGGAUGACAUCCAGGAUGACUUUGACUGGGACUCCAUCGUGUAGAGUUUGUUUCCCGAGGCGCCAGACCCAGCGCCACCUUUCUGUGCGGGGAGGGACGUUUGGGGAACACAGUUGAGGAGACAGAGUCGCUCAUCAUUUUACCGAUGUUAGUGAAGUUUCUUUGAAGACAAUCAAGAAGAGUUUAGCCGGAUGGCGUACUGCUUUUAUCUGACCCAGACGAGUACUGCGUGUCCGUCUCCCUGCCAGCUGCCCUCUGUAGCUCCGGACUGUUGUGUGGUUUGAACGGCUUUUGCAUAUUUGUGUCAGUUUGAUGUCGACCACAAGUGCCAGACUGAUUUUUCAGACAGAGCCUGUUUUGCUCCCAGCAGUUUAUAGAUGCCUACGUGUAAAUACAUGUACAAAAAUGACCGAGAGGCUUCAGUUUUUUCCAGUUGGAUUAUUAUGUCUGGAAAAGGCAGUUACCGUGAGUUUGGGUUCCUUGUUAGGCUGUUUUCUGCAGGAUGCUUUUCACUGACGGAGGCAGCUGAAAGGACGUAGAUUAUUUCAAAGCCCAGUCCCCUUAUUUAAUCUCUUUCAGAAGUAGGAGUGCUGAGUUCUACGCAGCAGGUCGGAGAACUCAGGCUUGGAUAGUCUCCAGACAGUCCAAAGGGGCUGUGGUUCCUGGUAGCACAAAAACUGACCGAAUGUUUUUUGAUGCCCGGAGGAUUCUAGAGUCGAUGUUGUGCUUUGUCAGCGGCUGCUUUUCGAAAUCCACAUCGUGUGACAGUUCUAAAGGUGUGCUUGCUUAGAAGCUGGGCAUCGCUUGGCACUUAAAACAAAUCAAUGUCUCCACAUUCACUUAUGUAUUUAUUAUUCAGAAGUGUUAUUUUAAUAUUUAUUGCUGUCUUCUGUGAAUACUCAGCGCCUAUUGGGUAUAUUGAGGAGAAAUGCAGUGUCUGAAAGCACAGAAUUAUUUUUCUUGAUAAGAGUUUACAGACAAGACAAUCAGAGAGAGAUUGUGUCAUUCUCUUUAUCGUUACUCUUCCGCCAUGUGAGUGUAUUUCUCUAUCUUCCUGCUGAUUGAGACUUACUAGCUAAAUAGGAUUUUCUGGAAUUUGAAUCAGAGUUCACUUGGUCAGCAGAACAGCAAGUUUCCCACUCAUUCGGUUUCCGUUUAGGAAGCACUGAAAGGAGGGUAGAGCUGCAUGUGGGUUGUGUUUGCCUCCGUCUUCAGCGUAGUUGCCGUCGAGAGACCUGCUGUUUCUCCAGUCCUGGGUGUCUGUGUGUGCAUGACGUUUGGGUCCUUUCUUUGAAAUGCAGCCUGCCUCUUCGGGGUUCUUAUUAGUUGUUUUUGUUUUGUUUUAUAUCGUAUCACAGUUACUUUGCAUGGAUUGAUUGUCUUAGUUUUCUAGAAAUGGGAUUUCUUUUUUAAAUGAAGAGAUUUUGAAUUUGUUCUUUAGACCACAAAAAAAAAAAAAAAAAUUUUUUUUUCCCAGUUCUAGUGAGGAAACGGUAUGUUCCAUCAAAUCAAGGAGUAAUAACUGCUCACUGGUUGCUUUUUAGCAUCUCUGGUCUUGAUCAGCCAAGCUUAUUUAAGUCACUUUAAUUACCCUUUAGUGAUUCCGUGGUUGAGUAAUCUCGACUUGAACUAAACAGACGUCUGUGUGUGUGUGUGUGUGUGUGUGCGUGUGCGUGUGUGUGCUUGUGGAUGCGUGUGGGUAUUUUUUUAGUAGAGGGUGGCCUUGAAUGAAUCACUGGGAAGCUAUAACCAUGGCAAAGGCCGGCGAGCUGGGGAGAAAGGAAGGGCUUUAUGUUCCUGUGGUUGGGACCUUGCUUGGUGUGAAGAAGGAAGCUCAGUUCCAGCCCCUUGGAUCAGCGAAUAUCAGAAGAUUCUGGAAAGGCAGCCAAUAGGCCCUUCUCAGAUGGAUCCGAGGUGAGAUGAGAUAGCAGCCUGCAGAGUAAAGGCUUGAAGAGGGGGGGUGGUUCUCAGUAGUCUGCUUAAGUCACUGUUCUCUAGAUACCAAAUAGCUGUUGUGAAACUUUCCGUUGUGUGGAUAGCAGCGUGCACUUUAAACAGUUUGGUAUUAGAAUGCAGUUGCUCGUGCUGAGUGACUCCAGCAGAAACCACUGGUGAAGACUCUACAAGUUGUGUGAAGCUCAUUUCCCAUUUGGCAAUCAUUUACUGAUCUGCAGGGAUCAGUAUUUUUGUGAGAACUGAAACUUAGCAUGAAUGGCCCUGGAGGCAGAGCCUCCAGCCAGACCCAUCCCUCCCUUGUGAUGCACGUGGUGUCCGGGGAGCCCAGGACAGGCCUUUCUCAGUGGGCUCCAGCCAGCCGGGCUACCUGGUGAGGCAGUGCAUCAGUCCCAGUGGUGAUGCUAAUGCAGAGCAAGUUCUGUCCUGGGCUUAAAUUGACUGAAGACUUUUGGGGGGAAGAAUCAUAACUGCAUAUAAUCAAACAGGGGUACUCUGUCCAGGAGAAUAAUCCGACUGGCAUUUGUGGCAGUUUCUGAAACGUCAAUGUAUUCAUGUGUGUUCUUGUAAAUACCUGUCUCUCCGAUGUCCUUUGAAGUGGGAGGGAAUCAAUCUGGGGAUUAUUUCAAAUGGAAUAGAGUAUUUUGAUAUUGUUCAUUCAGAGGGUGAUGUGUACAUAUCUAUAUUGUAUAUAUGUGAUGAAAAUGCAUUGGCUUUUUGUGCAAACACAAUCUGCUCUCUGUACUGCUGUUGGACAGUCAGUGUUUUAAUGUUUCUACCGUUUUGCUAUUGCACGAUUUCAUAACGGCACCCAUUCUUUGUAACUGUUUAGUGCUGUAAAGAAAUAUUCCAAGUGUCAUUAGGAUUGUUGCUGCCAGUGAUAUGCAUGAAUGGCACUUAAAAUAAAUAUAUCAUGUUAACUCUA